AUGGACGACGACGAUUUAGCACAGAUCAGAAAAGCUCGACUUGAGCAACUAAAGUCGCAAGCCGGCAGCUCAGGCGGAGGAGGCAGUUCCCUUGGCGGGGGAUCCCAGGACGACAAGCAAGCACAAGAAUCUGAAGCCCGCCAAAGCAUCCUAAAUCAGAUCCUCGAGCCCGAAGCCGCCGACCGACUUGGACGCAUCCGUCUCGUCAAGGAGUCUCGCGCGCAAGAUGUCGAGAACAGACUCAUUAUGCUAGCUCGGAGCGGACAACUUAGACAGAAAGUCACUGAAGAACAGUUGAAGGAGUUAUUGGGUGCGGUGGCGGAGAAGAAAGAAGAAGAGAAGAUUGUGAUCAGUAGGAGGAAGGGCGGGUGGGAUGAUGAGGACGACGAUUUGUUU